UACUAGGAACAAGUGCCUUACUAGUAGUAACAAGAAGCUACUAAAGGCUCCUGGCAUCGCUACUCAUGGCGGUACGCGCUUUGGCCGAGUCGAAUGUGCAACUCUUGGCCAAGCACGGCGUGCGGAUCGCUGCGAUCCAUCCGCUGGGAGCCGAAGUGAGUGGCCUCGAUUUGAGGACCUCACCACCGAAGCCGGAAGUCCUCCAAGCCUUGGAGGCUGAGAUGGCAUCCAGAGGUUUCCUGGUCUUCAAAGAUCAAGGGGUCUUAAGCGGUGAUGAGCAGGUGCAUUGCAGCCAGUUCUGGGGCGCUCGAGAGAUGCAUAGCACUCAUGGAGUUCAUCCACAAGCGCCCAACCGCCACAUCUUCCGAUUGAGCAACGAUAGCUCUGUGGGCAUCACAGGAGUCGGCCCACAAUGGCAUAAUGACGGAUCAUUUGAAGUAAACGUCUUCUCACACGUGGGAUAUCAUAUUGUUCGAGUCCCCGAACAAGGAGGCGACACCCAGUUUGUGCAUCAAGGAGCUGCCUUUGAUGCAUUGCCCGAAGAAAAACAAGAUUAUUGGUCUCGAUUGGUUUCGAUCAAUGCAACCUCUGGUGUUCUGCAUCCCCUCGUUCAUGACCAUCCUAUCUCUGGUAGGCGCUCAGUGUACCUUCACUUGGGAAUGACAGGCGGUAUUUUUGAGAGGAUGUCUACUUCAACUUCAUCGGAUUUACGUUUGUUGGAGGAGAAGGAGCUUUUGCAGAUCUUUGGCACUUACAACCAACUUUUGAACUCUGGUUUGCAGAAGAAUGGCGGCAACUAUGGGAUGAGCUAUCCCUACCACGAGGGCGAUUGCAUUUUCAUUGACAAUUGGGCCAUUGCUCAUCGAGCAUCUCCAGAGGCACACAUGGACCAGACGAAGCAAGGCCUUCGCAUCCUACAUCGAACGACUGUGAAGUCUCCACGACCAGGACCAGUGGCGAAGGAUCUUCCAGCUGUGGUGACACAAGAACUCUUGAUGAAAUCAGAUCGGGGUGAUGGUGUCUUUGUAGCUGGUGGCCUUGGCUUUCGAUGGGAUCCGCACAUUCGUAUGCAGAAUUGAAGGACGACAGGAACGACAAAGAAAUAUCAACUGCCG